UCCCACCGCAGUUCUCGGCGGAAAAGGCAGUGGCAACUUAACGACAACGGCAACCCAUAUGGCGUCCAGACACCGUAAGCGAUAAUACAAGCACUUCUCCAAUUAUGCGCUGGCUCUUCGAUCACAGUGACAAACGCGAGCAAACCACACAGUGCAGGUAUUCAUGGAUAUAGUUGGUGGUUCAUUCAAUCAUCUGGUUCCCAGCGACCAGUUGGAUGAUUCCUUACUGCUCGGACAAAACCUAGAAUGUGAAGCAAGUGAUGAGUUUGAAGCAAAACCCGAAGAUUCACUGAAGAACAUGCUCAGUGAUAAAGAUCCCAUGUUUGGAUCUGCCAGUACCCAAUUUCACCUUUUAGAAAAUGAAGAUUUCAAGCUUGGAAGCUCAGCAGAUGCCGAUCAUGAAAUGACAGGAGCAGGUGUUAGUCAGAGUCCAUCCGAUGGAGACCACAAUCAGUCUGGCUUCUUGCAGAACAGGAGACAAGCAGGUCAAAUGCAGAGGAGGCAAACAGCAAGCCGUGGUCGAGUCAGAGGCAGGCGCCCAGGUCCUGCACGAAAAGCAGUUGAAAGUUACAACCAAGAGUCAACAUGUAGUGGAGAACAUGAUAGAGAUAACAGUCCUGAUGCAAAAAGGGAAGCCUUGCUUAGCCGUCGAUUUGGAGUCCAUGAGGUUGACUCCUCAAUGAAUCCAGUUGUCGUGUUGCGCAGAUUAACUGUUACCGUAGGGGGCUAUAAAAUUGAACUGCUCCCUGGACCAUCACAAACGUUUGGAUCAUUUAGCACAAGCGCCCUUCAGUCACUGGGUUUCCAGGAUGAUGGCAUCAUCGCUGAUGGACUCGCACUUGAUUUGGGACAAAAUCAAGAUGAACAAGCAGUCGAUAAUUCCACACCAGAAGCUGCUGCGGAAGUGAGCAUUGACCAGUCAACUAGCCAUGACGUGCCUAUGGAUUUUGGGCCUUAUGUGAACCCUAAUGAAGUACAAGACACUAACAGCUCCAUGCCGCUCAAGCCCAAGGUGGAGAACGCCACGUCAGAAGACGCCAAAAAGAACAACCAAAUUAAGACUCAAAAGCUAAGUGCACAAAAAACAGGGAACAAGAAUGGCACGGCGGCUCAGCCAGUAGUCAAGAAGCUUCUGAAAAACAAACAGUCUCUCUCUGCUGCUAAAAACAAACCAUCUACUCCGACCAAGCCAGGACUCUUACAGAAAGAAUCCAAGCAUCCCCAAGAUAAAAAAAUACAUACAGGCCAACCAGAAAGUCAUAAAGGGAAGCCAGUUAAGAUGGAAUUGAAACGGCCAGGUGCAGCACUUGGUCCUAAAGAUGGCUCAAAAAUACAGAAGAUUAAAGAUGGACAUCCUGCACCAAAAACUGCAAGCCCAUCUGGCCCAUUGUCUCCAACCAUCACCAAAAAAUCAUCAUCUGAAUCUGGCCCUUUGUCUCCAACCAAUAUCAGGAAACCAUCAUCUGAUUCUGUCCCGUUGUCUCCAACCAAUAGCAGAAAACCAUCUAAUUCUGUUCCGUUAUCUUCAACCAAUAGCAGAAAACCAUCCUCUAAUUCUGCCCCUUUGUCUCCAACCAAUAGCAGAAAAACGUCAUCUGACUCUGGCCUGCUGUCUUCAACCAAUAGCAGAAAACUAUCCUCUGAUUCUGGCCCGUUGUCUCCAACCAAUAGCAGAAAACCAUCCUCUGAUUCUGUCCCGUUGUCUCCAACAAAUAGCAGAAGACCAUCAUCUGAGUCUGGCCCUGGAGUUAAGUCAGUCCAAUCUCCUCACCCUCCAAAAAAGCCACAAAAUCCUCCCACUUCGGGGAACAAGACAAACAGCCAAGGAGACGAGGAGCAGGAGAAAACCAAGGUUAAGAAGAUGGAGAAGAUCCAGCAAAGACACAAGAGUAGGAACUCCAGGAGUAUCUCGGUAGAGGAGCCGCAGUUGUUUAUUCCUGAUAAUGCACCUGUGGUGAAGAAGGAAGCUGAGGGCGACGCUCUUGCUGAAAGUGAAACGGUGUGGGACUCCACAAAGAACUGUGUGUUAUGCAAGAAACCUCAUAACAACCGGUUCAUGGUGGGCUGCGGCCGCUGUGACGACUGGUUUCACGGGGACUGUGUGGGUCUGGAUCUGGCUAAAGUUCAACAGAUGGAAAAGGAGGACCAGGAGUACGUGUGUCUGAAGUGCUGUGCACAAGAGGACGAAAAAACACAGGCCUCAGAGCAGUCAGAUGAUAAGUCAUGCGCUAAACAAAAACAAAAACCCCAGCAGUCGCUCACCGCAGGUGGAAUACGACCCUUCAGAAAAGAUGCUGGAGAAAGGCGACUGUCAGAAGAUUCAGCGCAAAAAGGACCAAAUAUGAAGCAUGAGACGAAGAAAGUUAAAAUAUCCUCUGUGAGCUCAAAGAAACCGUCCACCGGACACAUCAGGCGGAAUGUUCGGGACUCACUGGAGGAGAUUCUACUGAAACGAUCGAAGGAGUCAGACUUGAAGAUUUCAUCGGACAGGCCUGCUGAGGUAGCCAGAAGGACGGAGAAAGAGCUUUUUGCUCUCUUUCAGGGUGUUGACAGCAAAUACAAAAACAAAUACAGAAGUCUGACUUUCAACCUAAAAGAUGCGAAAAAUAAUGUGUUAUUCAAGCGUGUACUCAAGGGGGAAGUUUCCCCUGCAGAUCUGGUGCGCAUGACGGCAGAAGAGCUGGCCUCCAAGGAACUGGCUGCUUGGAGAAAAAGAGAAAAUCGACAUACAAUUGAAAUGAUUGAAAAAGAACAACGAGAGGUAGAGAGACGCCCUAUUACUAAAAUCACUCAUAAAGGGGAAAUUGAAAUAGAGAAUCAGGAGCCCGCCAAGGCACCAGAGGCCAUAGAGGUUGAGCCAGAGCCUGUGCUGAAAGUUAUGGAAGUGCCUGAAGAGAAACCCCCUGAGAUUAAAGUUGAGAGUCCCAAGAAAUCCAUAGAUACCACCAACUUGCACAAGUCUCAUCUAUUUGACCUCAACUGCAAAAUCUGCACAGGUCGCAUGGCUCCACCUACAGAGGAAGCCAGUACAAAGGUGGUGAAAGUGGCUACAACAGUAGUGAGGAGGCAGUCAAGUGUGACAGAGGAAUCUCAGCCAUCUACAACCACACCUACAUCAGCACUGAUGGAUGAUCUGACUUUAAGAGCCAUGGAGGAAGGUCUCCUCAAUUUCCUGCCAGAGUCUAGUAGGGCAGAUAGUCUGUGUAGCAAAGAAGAUACAGCUACUUUCCUCAGCACCUUGGAAAGUCUGUGGGGCGGUUAUGUUGAUAUGCCGGCUGUGGCAAGGUUUCUAACAAAAUCAUAUCUUGUCUCUGGAACGCUGGACCACCUAACACAGGAUUUGCCGGACAACAUCCAAGUAGGUGGUCGAAUCUCUCCUCAAAUAGUCUGGGACUACGUUGAGAAAAUUCGUGCUUCUGGGACAAAGGAGAUCUGUGUAAUUCGUUUCAGCCCAGACACAGAGGAAGAUGAGAUUUCGUACACGUUGUUGUAUGCCUACUUCAGCAGCCGUAGAAGAUACGGUGUUGUUGCCAACAAUCGCAAACAAGUUAAAGACAUGUAUCUCAUUCCUCUCGGGUCCACAGAAAAAAUUCCCCAUCAGAUUGUUCCGUUUGAUGGCCCAGGACUGGAGACCAAUCGACCAAAUCUACUUCUUGGUUUGAUCAUCCGCCAGAGACCAAAAAGAGACUUUGGGGUAAUCUUGCCAAGCGAUGUCAGUGAAGCUCCAAGUUUCUUGGCAGAGAGCAAACCUCAGGUCGACUACCCACAGAAGACUCCUGUGGCCCUAGACACGGAGCAAAGCUUUAUCAGCGAUCUGGGGAAUGCCAGGAAAAAAGACACCACAGACUUAAUUAAGUCGGUUGUUGAAGAACCAAUAUUGGAUACAGAGACCGAUGAGAAUGUUUCUUUGCGCUUUCUUCCCGGUGUAUUGAAGUUGCCUGAAAAAGCAACGUCAUGUUCGAAUGACAAUAUGAAGAGUGAAUCCACAAAAACUAUGGCCAAGACUCCAUCUGUUGACAGUGGAAACAAUGCAACAGUCAAUCCUAAACCUGUACCCAGCACUCUACGACUCGACCGCUUUGUUAUUAAGAAAAAAGAACCCAAAGCUGUUAAAACAGAGCAGGCGCCAGUUAGUGUGAGUCUGGAAACCAGCUCAGAAAAGAAAGAGAAUGCAGUUGUACUUUCUCUGAGUGACAAACCUGCAGAUGUUUCAACCGAAAGUUUCCUCUCCUCUCUCACAAACACUAAACCCAAAGAAGAGUCCGAGUCCAGUAGCACAGCUGCACCAACUAGUCAAGAAACCAGUCAAACCAUUUCAUCAGGUACAUUGAAAGAUUCGGUCGAUGAAGGCUCUAGUUCUGCUCCCCAAAACGAAACCAUAUCAAGUCCUACAGCAACUAUUAAGGUAUCUCCUGCUGGAAUUUUGAAGAGAGCUUCUUCAGCACCUGAACCCACCGAAUCAAAACUGCCAGAAAGCAGUUCAGAAAAGCCUGAGCAGAAAGUUACACCACUACCAUCAACGCAAGAGUGCAAAGCCAUAGAGGACAUCCAAGCCAUUACCACAAUCUCAUCCAUCGGGAAGAACGAAGGUCUCAAGCAGUCCAGAAGCUCUUCUUUUAACCCUAAAGUUUACAACCCACCGGUUUUUCACUCGUAUCUCUCCGGUCCACCUGAUCCCCAAUUUUACCCUCCUCCAGCCAAUCCUGCUCAUUUCUUACCCCUUCAAGCUCACCUUCCCCCACCUUUUCCAUUUCCUCCAGGUCCGCCUCCUCUGCAGAUGUUCCCUCAAAGCGAUCCUCACAUGCUCGCUCCACCAUGGCCUCAAACCGUCCCUCCACCAACGCUCCCACCCCCUCCUAUAGCCUACGAGUCUAGCUUGCCGACCGCUUUGCCCCUCAGCAAAGAUGAGAAGGUUUCGGAGAAGUCCUACAGUGACUUUGUUGACAAGUUGUCCAGACGCUCCGAGGAGACCUACAGGAAGGACAGCAGUAAUAGAGAGCACUAUGACAAGCAUCAUCACAAAAGCAGGCACUACGAGCGGGAGCGCCACUCGAAAGACGAAAGGUACGAGAAACAUCGAGAGCGACGGCACAGCAGCCAUCAUCGAGACAGAGACAAACACAGAUCACGCGAUUCAGAUCACGAGAAGCACAGGAAAGACUCUAGAGACAGGCGUUCGUGAUCUUGGGGGAUCUAAGCGCUCAUCCUACCUUAAAUCUGUAACAGUAGAAGAAAACUAUUUAUAAAGUUUCAAAAUGAUUUUUAUAUGAAAAGCAGCUAGUCGGAGAUUUUUAGUUGGUUUUGUUUUGUUUUUGAAAUCUAAAGAAUGUUUGUUUUUAAUGUACAUUUUUCUGUACUUGGCUUUUCAAUUACCCGCUAACAUCUUCAUAAGCAGCUGGUUGUAAUCAAGAAAAUGAAACUACUGUCGUACGCAGCGUUCCAUGAGACGAAACAUCCCGUGGUCGAUAAGAACAGCUUCUUUUGCUUCAUUUUCAGUUUUAAUUUUUCUAAAUUUGGCUUCUUAAGUAUUUUCUAUGUUUCCGGUGACAAAUAUUUUCUUUGUACAUUUUGGCUUGUCACCCAAAACAGAAAUGUGCACAUUCAGCACAUUGUGUUUAUGUACAGUUCAUAAUAAAAUGUUUUUAUUGUUAGUAAGGCGA